UACGGGUAGCAUUUCUUCAACCAUAAAGUUUGCAGCUUUAUCUUUUACUCAGCCCAAGAACCUCUGCCUCUGUUCUCUAAUGGCUUCCUCCAAAUCUAAUCCAACUCCUUCUAUGGAUAUGCUCUGAAACUCCCAGUCCACGCCUCUACCUCGAAUAACACACCGGAAAGGCCAUGGCAAUGACAUGGCACAUGGCGUUUUGGAUCGCUAACAUGGUUUGGGUAGCCUUGAGCGACUGUGUUUCUUCUUGUUUGGCCAUCGCCGACGAGGUCGCGGGCUCCAUCAGAACUGGUGAUAUUGGCCCUUUCCACAUUGGCUGACCGGAGAUUCUUCGAUUUCGUCAAUUCGUAACCCCUCUGGUGAAGAACGAUAAUACGUUCAUAUGCAGGUAAAAAAGAAUGGCAGAUCAAAAUUUGAGUAUGUAGGCAAAGCUAUUAGUAGAUGAGGACGAACUGUGAAAGCUGAGGAACAAAAGUUGCUGUGUUGGACUCUGGCUGCUGCUUCCACACCCAUCCUGAAUUGGUAAAAAUUGUAUAUUCUUGAGUCAUCUGCAUGUUUUAGCUAGUUGGAGCGCUAUGACCACGAGAACCUGUUAAUUUGAAAUAUUUCGUAUCGAUUACUUACGUGCAAUCUUGUUAAAACAUUUAAUUCCUAAGAACUUUUUGAUAGUUUUAGUUUUCUCGAUUUCUUCUUACUAUAGUUUAUAUACAUUGAACAAACUCUUGGUCAAAUAUGUGUUAGGGCAAUUCAUUCUACCUCCUUCGGGAGAGAUAAUGCUUGUUGGAUAUUUUGGUUU